AGAAUCAGCACCGUCAGACGAGAGAAAAUUCGAGGGGUUGAGGACCAAAAAACUCCGGUGCUUCAGCGGCGCCGCGCGAGAAUGAUCCGAUAAAAAGAAAAGACAGCAGGUAGGAAGAAACCUUGCACCAAUAACACCAAAUGGCGUCGCUUCGGUUUGCACUCCGGCCGGAAGCAAUUGCUUCCCGGAGUGCAGCAGCUGCUUUUGGGUCGGUACGCCUCGGAGGGCCGGCGCUCGUCGCGCAGCAAGGCCGGCAGCCAUACGUGGUUACACGCGCGCGUGUUCUUGUCACCGCGGAUGUGGCACCCUACUACGGCAACAGCUCGCGUCCGAUCAGCACGUCGCUUUCAGGCCAUGGAAGCAGCAGCAGCUUUUUCCUGCCCCGGCGUAUCAACGAAAACCACUGCGCACCUGGAUCUACUACCUUCCUCCAGCGCCACCUCCCAAAUCGUCGCACCUUUUUCACGCGAACCUGCCCGCGAAUGCUCGAAGCGCAGAUGGGCACGAAAACGAAAGCGGUGGAUCUCCGUGCGGGAAUGAUUUACCAGGAGGGCAACGACCCGGAUUUGCGGCUGUGUGUCCGGUGGGAACCGUACAAGAAGGGACGCUUAUUAAAUGUACAUAUGUCUGGGUCUGGAAACUUGGAGCUUGUAGUGCGAAUCCUACACUCCUGUAAAAUCUGUAUUGCAGGACUAACAAGAUAAAGACGCCCCCUUCUGUCAUACAAAAGCGCAGUCUCUCAUGGGGGCCGCCUAUGAGAAAGGUGUUUCGGCAAACUUGUCAUGCUUGGGGUGCGUUGGGAAGUAAUUCAGGCAUCCACAGUUCAGCAUCACAAGUUUCCAGACCCAGAUGUAUUUGCACUGGAUAACGCUACCAGGUUCACUACAAGGUAGACUACAAGAAAAUCACCGGGGCGGACCGGGCGGUAUCAAAUGCAAAAGCAUCGUACUAGUAUAAAUUGCAUUACAAAUCAGAUCAGCAUUACAAAUGAAAUUUACAAUGCUGUUUUAGCUUGAGAAAAAACAUUUGUCAUGCCUAUUUGCAAUUAGUAACAGAGUGCGGUACUUUUGCAAUGCAUGGGCGGGGGGUUACAGCAAGUACUUUUGCGAGGACGUCGUGCGGGUGGUAAAAUUAUGCAUUGCAAAAGUAUCGUACUCGUAUAAAUGCAUUACAAAUUUUCUCAGCAUGAGAAAUGAAAUUUGUAAUGCGGAUUUACCUAAAGAAGAGGACUUGUAAUGCAUGACUGCAAUUACUACGAGUACGAUACUUUUGCACAGGAUAAAAAUUGUCGAAGACGGGCUACUACUUCAGCUACGCAGAUUAUCGCAAGAAAAAAGUGUUACAGCUACACAUUGCGUUGCAGGCGUGGCAUGACAGAUAAGCUCUAUUAUGCCGGAUAUGCACGGGACGAGCCUUGUUUCAUACGUGCUUUUAUUUCGUGGGAUUUCUGCAAUGCAGGUUUGUUUCCCUCUCAUGCAGAUGAGAAAUUUGUGCUGCUGAAUCAAUUGACAACAAAUGUGUAACUUUUAACACUUUUUUCGUGUGAUACAGAUCGGGAAAACGGCUGCAUCGUGGUAACGACCGACGACUUUGAGGAGGUGCAGCUUCCCAUGAAACACGUGGGCAAGAUGGUCUUGCAGUUUCUGGAAGAGGCAGUGAAGCCGGAUGACAAAAUCAUCGUCCACCGUGAUGAGCAGGGCGGGUUUGUAAAAAUCGAAUGGCCAAAGAGCUAUGGUGCGUGGCUACGGGAGCGGGGGAAUUAG